AUGGCAAAGUUAAAUAAACGAGUUGGAAUAGUUUGUGUGAUGUUAAUGUUGGUGAUAGGAAUAUCAGAGUGCCGCAAACUCAAAGAAGAAGAGUCCCUAGAAAGCAUUGGUGGUGGUUUUGGUGGUGGAGGAGGGUUUGAAAAAGGAGGUGGACAUGGUGAAGCUGGUGGAUUUGGAGGUGAUGGUGGAAAAAGUGGUGGAUUUGGAGGUGGUGUGGGUAUUGGUAACGGUGGAGGAAUUGGAGGUGGUGCUAGUGGAGGCCAUGGAGAUGGCGGAGGUGUAGGAGGUGGUGGCGGAUCAGGUGGAGGCAUUGGAGGCGGCAAAGGUGGUGGUAUAGAAGGAGGAGUUGGAGGUGGCAUUGGAGGAAGAGCUGGUGGUGGUGUAGGAGGAGGAGUUGGGGGUGGUUCUGAAGGUGGAUUUAGUGGAGGUCAUGGAGGAGGUGUUGAAGGAGGAGCCAAUGGUGAUGGCAGAAACGGUAGAGGUGUUGGAGGUGGUGUUGGUGGAGGCCAUGGAGGUGGCAUUGGAGGAGGAAUUGGUAAUGGUGACAGUAACAAUGGAGGAGGUGUUGGAGGUGGUGUUGGUGGAGGUCAUAAAGGUGGAAUUGGAGGAAGAGCUGAUGGUGAUGGCGGAAAUAGUGGAGGUAUAGGAGAAGGAGUUGGAAGUGGUGCUGAUGGAGGCCAUGGGAGUGGCAUUGGAGGAGGAUCUGGUGGUGACGGAGGUGUAGGAGGAGGAGUUAGGGAUGGUGCUAAAGGUGGAAUUGAUGGAGGCCAUGGAGGAGGUGUUGCUGGUGGUGGAGCCGGAGGUGGCAUUGGAGGAGGAGCCGAUGGUGGUGUAGGAAGAGGAGUUGGGGGUGGUUCUGGAGGUGGAGUUAGAGGUGGAUUUGGUGGAGGUCAUGGAGGAGGUGUUGGAGGAGAAGUCAGUGGUGGUGGCGAAAAUGGUGGAGGUCAUGGAGGUGGCAUCGGAGGAGGAAUUGGUAAUGGUGGCGAAAAGGGUGGAGGAAUAGGAGGUGGAUUUGGAAGUGAUGUUGGUGGAGGUCAUGAAGGUGGCAUUGGAGGAGGAGUUGGUGGUGGUGACGGAAAUAAUGGAGGUAUUGGAGAAGGAGUUGGAAGUGGUGCUGAUGGAGGUCAUGGGGGUGGCAUUGAAGGAGGAUUUGGUGGUGGUGGAGGUGUAGGAGGAGGAGUUGAUGGUGGUGUCGGAGGUGGAAUUAGUGGAGGCCAUGGAAGUGGAGCUGAUGGUGAUAUAGGUGUGGAAAUCGGUGUUAGGGGAGGUCUUGGAAGAGAAGGUGACAGUAAUGAAGGUGGCGAAUUCUAA